UUCCCCCCCCCCCCCCUUUUUUUUUUUUUCCUUCUCUUAAUUAAAUCCCGUCGCCAAACUUGUCCUGACCUAUUUGUGCAGGCACCAGAGAGCCGUUCGCUAACGAGCCGCUGUUAAUUAGGAUACGCUGCCGGGCUCCGCUCCCCCCGCGGUGCAACCGAAGGGGCUUUUUUUGGGGGGGGAAAUCCUCAAUUUUGCGAUCCUCAAAUUUGGGAUCUCGAGGGGGGCAGCACCCCUCAAACUCUUGGUUUUUGCCAGCGAAAACCCCAAUUUCCCUUUAUUUUACCCAAUAACGAGGCUGCUGCUUCUUCUCCUGCUGACUUUUUGGGGGAGAAAAACCUCCCUUUUGUUCCUUUUAUUAUUUUUGGGGGGUUGUUUUUGUGUUUUUUGUGGUUUUUUGUUGUUUUUUUUUCUGGGGCCGUGGCAGCGCCCGCUCUGCAGGUCGGGGCUUGCCGGGCUCAGCCCGCUCCGCCUGCUGCGUUCCCUUCGUUAGCAGCUUCAUUAUCAUUCAAAAACCUUGAAUUCUCACCCAUUUUGGAACCAAUUUUGGGUUGGUUUUUUUUUUUUCAGCGCCCCCCAAGUCUCCCCAACACCGCCCCGAGGCCGUAAUUAAGGCUGCCGAGAGCCGUCCCGUGAUCCCGAACCCCGCUGACCCCGACCGCGGGCUGCUGUCGGACCCCCCCCAGCACAUCCCCACGGUAAGGAUGGCCGGGCAGAAGCGCCGGCGCGCGCCGGCGUGAGCGCGGCGGGCAGAGCCACGGGGCAGCGGCGCGCCGGGGACGGCCACCGCCGGGCUUCACCGGCCGGUCACCGGCCCCCGGCGUGGCAACCAUGAGCCCCCCCGCGGCCACGCCACCCCUCGCCGGACGAUGAGCGCCCACCGCCCUCCGCGGCACGACGGCGCCGACGCCGCCGACAGCUGCCCCGCGGCGUUCUGGGCGCAGAAUGGCAGCGUCCCCACCGGUGCCGAGGCCGUCGUCGCCCCCCGGCCGGCGACCGCCGCGCCGCCGGUGCCCAAAAUGGGGGUGCGCGCCCGCAUCGCCGACUGGCCCCCCAAAAGAGAACCCGCUGCCGCCAGCCUGAGCCGAGAAGGGGGCCGGGAUGCGGCGUCCCCGCGGGGCGUCCCCGGCGGGCAGCAGCCGCCCCUCGGCGGCGGCAGCGGCGGCGUUUCGGGGCUCAAAGCCCUGCACCGCCUGGCGCGGCGGCGCUCCAAGGACGUGGAGUUCCAGGAGGGGUGGCCGCGCUCGCCCGGCCGCGCUCUGGUCCCCCUGCGGCACCGCAGCAGCAGCGAGGUGACGCUGAGCGAGUGCGACCCCGAGGAGGCGGCGGAGACGCGGGGGGCCAAGCUGGCGGGGGCCGGGGGGCUCUUCCGCGAGUACGGCAGCACCUCGUCCAUCGACGUGCAGGGGAUCUCGGAGCAGAGCUUCUUCGCCAUGCUCAACGAGUUCCGCAGCGGCGGCAAGACCUCGGCCAGCGCCGCGGCCUCCGCAGAGACCCCCCCGGGACCCUCCCCGGUGGCGGUGGUGGACGGCAGGACGGGGACGCCGCGGGACGAGCCGGCGGCGCAGCCCAAGGAGAAGGCGCGCAGGAAGGGUCCCAAGGGCGACGCCGGGGGCGAAUCCAUCUUCAGGAAGCUGCGGAGCGGCCGAAACGAAGGGGAAGGAGGAGGCGGCGGUGAGGACGCGAGGGCGGCCGAGCCGGGCAAGGCGUGGGUGUGCCGGCGGAGCUUCGCCCACUACGACGUGCAGAGCAUGCUCUUCGACCUCAACGCCGUGGCCGCCAACCGCGCCGUGGUGGCCCAGCGCCGGAACACCACCACGGGAGCUUCGGCGGCUUCGGCCGCCACCGCGCGGCCCGGCGGGCCGGAUCCGGCCUUCGCCAGCACCGAGGACCUCAACGGCAAGGAGAACCUGGAGCACGACGUGGGGGACAACACCAGCAACGAGCUCCUGCUGAGCUGCCCCCAUUUCCGCAACGAGAUCGGCGGCGGGGGCGAGCGCAACGUCAGCUUCUCCAGGGCUUCGGGAGGCUCGGCUGGCGGCGGCCCGGUGGGCGACGGCAGCUUCCCGGAGCCUGGCCUCGACGCCCGGCCCACCAACGCCGGCAUCUCGGUGCUGGAGGUGCCCAAGGAGCUGCAGAGGAACCCCAACCGGCUCAAGCACUACAGCGUCGAGCACGUGGACCUCGGCGCCUGCUACUACCGGGACCAUUUCCACGGCAAAGAGCACUCCAACUACUUCGGGGUGGACGAGAAGCUGGGCCCCGUGGCCGUCAGCAUCAAGCGGGAGAAGCUGGAGGACCACAAGGAGCACGGCCCCCAGUACCAGUACAGGAUCAUCUUCCGGACCAGCGAGCUCAUCACGCUGCGCGGCUCCAUCCUGGAGGACGCCACCCCCACCGCCACCAAGCACGGCACGGUGCGGGGCCUCCCGCUGAAGGACGCGCUGGAGUACGUCGUCCCCGAGCUCAACAUCCACUGCCUGCGCCUGGCCAUGAGCACCCCGAAGGUCACCGAGCAGCUCCUCAAGCUCGACGAGCAGGGGCUCUGCCGGCGGCACAAGGUGGGCAUCCUGUACUGCAAAGCCGGGCAGAGCUCGGAGGAGGAGAUGUACAACAACGAGGACGCGGGGCCGGCCUUCGAGGAGUUCCUCGCGCUGCUGGGGGAGAAGGUUUGCCUCAAGGCCUUCAGCAAGUACGCCGCGCAGCUGGACACCAAGACCGAUUCGACGGGCACCCACUCGCUCUACACCACCUACCAGGACUACGAGAUCAUGUUCCACGUCUCCACCAUGCUGCCCUACACCCCCAACAACCGGCAGCAGGUACCGCCGCGCCAGCUCCGCGGCUCGUCCGGCUGUCCGUCCGUCUGUCACAGCCCCCUUUUUAUUUUUUUUUUGCUUCUCCCCGCCCCCCCCCCCCCCCCCCCCCCUCGCCAGCUGCUGAGGAAGAGGCACAUCGGGAACGACAUCGUGACCAUCAUCUUCCAAGAGCCCGGAGCCUUGCCCUUCACCCCCCAGAACGUCCGAUCGCACUUCCAGCACGUCUUCAUCAUCGUCCGAGCCCACAGCCCUUGCACCGAUAACGUCUGCUAUAGCGUGGCCGUGACCAGGUCCAAAGACGUGCCCCCCUUCGGGCCCCCCAUCCCCACCGGCGUCACCUUCCGCAAGUCCGACGUCUUCCGAGACUUCUUGCUGGCCAAGGUGAUCAACGCGGAGAACGCCGCCCACAAGUCGGACAAGUUCCACACCAUGGCCACGCGCACGCGGCAGGAGUACCUCAAGGACCUGGCCGAGAACUGCGUCACCAACACGCCCAUCGACUCGGCCGGGAAGUUCAACCUCAUCUCCCUGGCCUCCAAGAAGAAGGAGAAGACGAAAGCCCGGGCGGGUGCUGAGCAGCACAGCGCCGGGGCCAUCGCCUGGCGCGUCUCCGCUCAAGACUUCGCCCGUGGAGCCGAGAUUGCUUGCGUCUUGGGCAUCUCCAACGAGUUCGUGGUGCUGCUCGACCUGGCCGCCAAGGAGGUGGUCUUCAACUGCUUCUGCGGGGACGUCAUCGGCUGGACCGCCGACGCCUCCACCCUCAAGAUCUUCUACGGCCGCGGCGACCACAUCUUCAUCCGGGCGGCCGAGGGCGGCCCCGAGGACGUCAAGGAGAUCGUGCAGAGGCUGAAGGUGACGACGGCGGGCUGCGAGACGGUGGACAUGACCCUACGGCGCAACGGGCUGGGCCAGCUGGGCUUCCACGUCAAGUACGACGGCACGGUGGCCGAGGUGGAGGACUACGGCUUCGCCUGGCAGGCCGGCCUGCGGCAGGGCAGCCGCCUGGUGGAGAUCUGCAAGGUGGCCGUGGUGACGCUCAGCCACGACCAGAUGAUCGACCUGCUGCGCACCUCCGUCACCGUCAAGGUGGUCAUCAUCCCGCCCCACGAGGACGGGGCCCCGCGCAGGGGCUGGGCCGAAUCGGUGGAGCUGAGCAGCGCCGAGCCCAAGGGCGAAGCGGAGAGCGGGCGGCCGCCCUACCGCAGCAGCGCUGGCUGGCAGUGGAGCGGCCCGGCGUCCCACAACGCCGCCCCGGCCACCGGUGGCCACGGGCAAGCGCUCGCCAGGGCCACCAAGCAGCCGCCAGUGUCCUACCGCGAGGUGCAGCCCCUGCACGGCAAGAGACCCGUCAGCUUCCCCGAAAGCCCGCACCCCGCCGCGCCAGCGCCGGCCGGAGCCGAGCGGCCGCAGCCGUACCGGCAGCCCUCGGGAAGCUUCUCAACGCCCGGCACCACCACCGCCACCUACGCUCGCUAUAAACCCUCUCCGGAAAGGUACGCGGCCCCACAGCGGGCGCUGCUGCCCUUCGAGCCCCACGGCGGCCACGACGUCCCCUCCAGCGGCGACUCGUCCUCGGGCGGGCUCAGCAGCCACGAGAGCACCAUGGAGAGGCACAAACCCGAGCCCCUGUGGCACGUGCCGGCGCCGUCCAGGCUCGGGGGCAAGCGGGCCGGCAGGCAGGAGGCGGCGGGCAAGGACUCGCCCAGCCGGCACCCGAAGCCCGACGCGCCGUACUCGAGCCACUCGAGCAGCAACACCCUGUCCAGCAACGCCUCCAGCAGCAGCCACAGCGACGAGCGCUGGUUCGACGGCCCCGACCCCCCCGAACCCGACCCGGACCCCCAAAUCUCCAAAGGCGGGGGCUCCAGCGACAGCGGCAUCGACGCCCCCCUCUACGCCCCCGGCCCCAAAUCCACGCGGCCGGCCCCGCAGCGGGACAAAACCCCAAAACCCUACGCCGAGGAGAAGCCGAGGGAGCCGUCGCCCACCGUCCCCAAAGGCUACCAGCGGCCCAAGGGCUGCUUGCCCCCCGCCUCCAGCCCCGACCCCUUCAAACAACCCAGCUCCCGGGGGGGCUACAAAGCGGCCACGGAGCCCCCCCGGCCCCCCGGCGCCCAACCCGGCUCCUUCCAGCUCUCCGCCUCGGUCCCCAAAUCCUUUUUCUCCAAGCAGCCGAGCAGGAGCAAGCACGGCGCGGGCUGGAAGCGAGGCGAAGAGCCCCCGGCGCGCCCCGCCGCCUUCUCGGACCCCAAAAAGCAGGUGGACGCGAGCACCAAGAACGUUUUCGGGCAGCCGCGGCUGCGGGCGUCGCUGCGGGACCUGCGCUCGCCCCGCAAACCCUACAAAUCCACCAUCGAGGACGACCUCAAAAAGCUCAUCAUCAUGGACAGCGCCGCGCCGGAGCCCGAGCGAGCUGCGAAGUCGCCCCAAAAGGGGCUGCAGCGGACGCUGUCGGACGAGAGCCUCUGCGGUGGGCGCCGCGACGGUGCCGCCGCCUCCGAUCCGCCGUCGGCCGCCGCCGUCCUCUUCACCAGCACCUUCCCGUCCAGCACCCUCCCCGGGCGCCGGCAGCACCCGGCGGGCGCCGGCAGCCUCCCGGAGAAGAAAUCCACCAUCUCGGCCUCGGAGCUGGCGCUGGCCGCGCCGCUGCGCAGGAUGGAGCCCGGGCUGAUGCCGCUGCCGGACGCGGCGGCGGGGUUGGAGUGGGCCAGCCUGGUGAACGCCGCCAAAGCCUACGAAGCGAGCCGUCUCCCUCUUCUCCCUCGCCGACCCCGAGCCCCAAAACGCCGCCCCGGAGCGCCCGCCGGCACCGCGCUGCAGCGAGGAGCCCCCCCUGGACCUCCCCGGGAAGGUUUUCCAGCUGGAGGCGAUGCUCAAGCAGCUCCACAGCGACCUGCAGAAGGAGAAGCAGGACAAGGUGGUGCUGCAGGCGGAGGUGGCCACGCUGCGGCAGAACAACCAGCGGCUGCAGGAGGAGUCGCAGACGGCCAGCGAGCAGCUGCGGCGCUUCGCCCGCUUCUUCGGCGCCGUCGACAAGAAGGAGCUCUAAGGGGGGGGGGACGCCCCCCCCCCCCCCCCCCGGCACGGUCCUAUAUAGGGACCGGUCCUAUAUACGGCCCGGAGGAGCCUCACGGGGCUGGGAGCAGCCUUACGGGGCCAGGAGUGCUCUUAUAGGGCCGGGGCGGCUUUAUAGGGCCAGGAGUGUCCGUAUGGGACCAGGAGCUGCUGUAUGGUUUUAUAUAGGGACCGGUCCUAUAUAGGGACCGGAGCAGCCCCCUGGGGUCAGGAGUGCUCUUAUAGGGCCGGGGCGGCUUUAUAGGGCCAGGAGCGCCUUUAUAGGACCAGGAGUGUCCGUAUGGGACCAGGAGCUGCUGUAUGGUUUUAUAUAGGGACCAGUCCUAUAUAGGGGACCGGAGCAGCCCCCUGGGGCCAGGAGUGCUCUUAUAGGGCCGGGGCAGCUUUAUAGGGCCAGGAGCGCCUUUAUAGGACCAGGAGUGUCCGUAUGGGACCAGGAGCUGCUAUAUGGCCCUAUGUAGGGACCA